GAGGGUUUUCAAAUUCAGUAACGGCUGGUUUUUUCCCAAUCAAUCUCCUCCAUCUUCACAACGUCGCGUCGCCCGCCACCUUACCAAAGAUGCCGAAAGCUCAAAACUUUUCCAUUCCCCCCCUAAUUGCUAACACAACUCAUCAGCCUUUACUCCAAUUUGUCUCAUUUAUUAUGCCAACCCAGCUCCAAAACCCUCCUCAGAAACCAUCAAUUUCUUGCUGUUUUUGAGGAUUCUAUGUUUUAAUACUCUACCAUGAAGCCAACACGUGGUCUUUCAGCGACCCUUUUCUCCCCACCUCCUCCCCCUUUUAAUCCCCUUGUAAAUUUGGCCAUUGAUAGAGCUCGAGGUUUACAGUCAGAGAAGAAAAGGAAGCUGAUUGCUUUUGACAAUGGCUGAUGGUGGGAAGCUUCAAGGGGAGUUGGCUCAAGGAGGGGUUCUUGAGUCUCAUGAAGAUGGUGUUCAAGUUCAGUCCGCUAAUCUUCAAACUGAAACCAAAUUUGCUAAUGCAAGAAAGGGCAAAGUUCCUGAAGUGGGCUUCUCUUCAGAAGGACGGAUUCCAGAGCAUAAACGCCCCUGGAAAGAACAGAGGUGGAGGAACAUCCUGACAAAGGAUGAACUGACAGCGCGAUGUACAAGAUGCCAAGAGAUAGGCCACCGCUGUAUGCAUUGUCCUUAUCCAAUUUGCUACUUAAAGGUCCCCAAUGCUAAGAAGAAGGGUCCUGGCAGCCUCAGAGGGGUUGUCAUUAAGGGCAUCCCUGGAAAUAACCGAUGUGCUCGCUGUGGGCGAUUUGGCCAUAAUAAAAGGAACUGUCAUGGACCAAUUAAUUUUUGAAUAUAUAUUCUGUGUUUUCUCCCUCUGAUGGACCAUCAAAACAUCUUUAUAUAUCAGUGUUUUCGUUUGGACCCUUCUGGGUUGUUAAGAAUUGUUAUAUUUGAUGUUGAAGAAAACUUUCCUCAAUAAGUAGUAUGUAUUGAU